AUGUGGAUUCUGAUCACCACGCAGUUCCUGCCUCUGCUGCUCCUGAUGCUGCAGCCACUGCAGUUUGAAAAGCUUUUUAAAUAUUCUGAUUUAUCAGAUGUUGACUCAGAAGAAUUUGAAGAUUAUUUGGAGGAAUUAUACAGUACAGGGCCUACCAAAGCACCUACCAAAAAAACUUUCCAAAAUCAGGUCCUUGCUGAUCCUGACAGACCAUUAUUUGAUCCACAUUACUGCAAUGAUGAAGUUAGGAUGAAAAAUGUUCACAACAGGUUAUAUUGUAAGAAAGAACAUUUCUUCCUCCAAGCUACAUAUGAGGAGGUGCAAAAGAUAUGUCGCCACCUGUUUGUACCAUGUAAGAACGGAGUUAAGAAAUGUCAUAGGAGCAAGAAACUAAUAGAAGGAGUGUAUUGUAGUUUAACAUCAGGAACCAUGAUAGUAGACUGUAUCUAUGAAUCUUUUUACAAGCGUGGAUUUGCCCUUAUCACGUGUCGAUGGCAAAAUGAUAUCCAAGAAAUUAUCCCUGAUCAUGUAGAUGAUCUUCAGGAAUUAUAUAGCUAG